UCCGGUAUGGUGAAUCACGGAAAGGGUCCCCAGUUGUUUAUGGGUACCACACCUUUCAAUCUGUUUGGAUCAAAAACAGUGCAUUUCACAGAAACAGUGGGAAAAGGAUCUCCUUCAAAAAGGCCCUCUUCUUUGCCUGUACACUCUGAUAUUCCUGUGUCAAAAAUGUACCAGUCUUCCCUGCCAGUAACUUCCAGAAGCCUGUCAUGGUUUCCUAAUGACAGUAUGUAUAAUGCAUCUUCUACUGGAGUAAAACCAAACAGUCAGCCAUUUAAGGCAGUGUUGACUGACAGAAAUAGUGAUACCACUCCUCUGUCAUCAUCAGUUUUUCAGGAUAAAGCAGGGGUUCCUACAUCAGUCUUCCAUCCUGUGGGUACUCCACAUCUAAUAAUGCAAAUGAGUCAUCUGCAGUCUUCCACAGCACUGACUAAUUGCGCUACAGGCUCUACCAGUGCACCUUUCAUGUCAUCAGCUUCUGAGAGCCUGGCUGAGGUCUCCAGCUUGACAGAGAGCACAUCUUCCCUUUCAUUGGCAAAAUCACUUGGUCCAGAUGCAAAGCACGCUCGUAGUGCAGCGCUGCCAGUACGAGCACUUAGAAGCAAAACAGAUUUUCUCUUUAGAAAUACAACACGCUCCUCUUUGACAAGCACAAGGUCUGCCUUGCUAACUGAGACAAAUGACUCCCUUACUAGGCCAGCACACGCAGAUGGUCCCAGUGCAGCAGCAGCCGAUAAGGAUACUGUGCAAAUCCCUUUGACUGUUUCCUUGCAUCCCUCUGUGGUGGCUCAGAGUCAGACUUCUGCAGGAGACCUGACCGAUGGAGCUCAUCAGACAAAUGGCAUGCAGCUGCCAACUGCUUCUGCACGUACUGUCCCAACUUUGGAUGGCUUUCCCAUUGCAAGAACAGCUCAACAGCCUUUCACAAGAGGGGUGACAGCAAAGAUGUCUGUGAACUUUAACGCUAAUAGUGUUCUGCGUUAUGGAUCUCAGCUUUCAAAAGUUUCUCCUGAUAUCCAAACCAGUAAACUCCCCAAAGAAUCAAAGAUACCAGGCACUGUUUUGGAAACAGCCAGGACUAGUUCUGAUCUAGCUGCAGUGACUGCAUAUCUUCCACCUGAAGGUGCAGAAAGUCCAGAUGUAACUGCAAAUGAAGACAGGAAUGUGAGGGCACCCACUGUUGUGACUACACAUGCACAAUAUUCACCUCCAAGAGCUUUAAAUCAUUCUACCUCUAACCAGACAUUACAUUCUGUUCAUAGAAAGCCGCUCACCUCGCUCUUGCCUUCAGUGUGGGGUACGCUGCCAUCACUUGUUUCCAUGACAACAGUAAUGGACAGCCACAGCUCCAGCUUUUCUGGGAUUUCAAAUGCUGAUUCAAAAAGCAAAUUAGGUCCUGUCAGCUCUCCUGAAGUCACAACUUUGGCUUCUACAUGGACUAAUACAGCACUGCUGUCUUCAGCUGGCGUUAGUGUUCCUUCAGUAAAAUCUUCAGUCAAAACGGCAAUAAGAGAAGUUCCUCCAAGUAAUUCCCCAUUGGAAACUGAGCACCAUGCACCAUACUCAGUAGUUUCAAGUCUGCAAAAGAAAGUUAAUACAGAUAAGCAGCCACCCUUCUCCACUCCUUCAGCAAACUAUAUAUCUGCAAACUCUAGGCAAAACGUUUUGAAUCCACCCUUUGAUGGAACAGAGUUGAAUAGUUUUCUAGAAUCUGAUGUAGGUGCAUUUGCACUGAAAACAUCUCCCAUUCGGUAUUCAUCCCUUGCUACCACUUUGGUACUUGACCCCCUGCAAAAAAACCAUGGGAGCACAUCUGAAAACAUGGCUAAUGUCUUCACUGUUGGGGAUGUUCACAUCAGUAUCCGCUAUGAAGCACCUCUCCAUUUACAUGUGCUUUCUGUUAAUGAUACAGGUGCUUUCCCUAGCUCUCUAGAAUCACAAACUGAUGCUGGAAAGAUUAAGGACUUUGUCAUUAAAGUAGGCACACCACCAACACUGGCUUUUCAGCUCGCUGACAACUUGGUUCUUCAGGCCAGCAAUGAAAGCAGUGCCAUCCACAGCGUACUGCCACCCGAGUCCCCCUCUCCUGCCACCAAGCCUCCUAGCUCAACUUCCCUGCAUAGCUUUAUUACAGAAGAAGACAUCGGUUCUGGCAAUUUGCCAGAAUUUGCAGAUAACCAAUUAGAAUCCUCGGGUUAUUUGGUUAUGGCUGAUAAAAAUCCAGCUACAUUUAGUGUGGAGGAGUGGAACGUGAGUGCUACAAGGCAUAGUCUAGUUCCCAGUAAUAUAUCUAAUAAAGCUACCAAGGGCAUCCCAUUGCAAACCCCUACCACCAGUGCUCUGCAGUCAGUCAUCAUAACUGCUGUCCAUGCAUCACCAACACAACUAACUUCUCCUUUUUUGUCAACAACCAACUUUACCCAUUCUGUCAUUACAGUGUUAUCUGGAGUAUCUUCUGGUGCAAUACCUACAGUAGGAACUUCAGAAGCAAAACCACUAACAAGAAAAUCAUCUCCAGCUUCACCAGUGCCAGCUUCUUCCUUCUUUUCUCUAGGCACUGAAAACACACCUUUGCCAUCUGUGAUGGCUUUAAGCACACCGAUACUGACACUAACAAAAAAUAACACUGCCACCAAAUUGACAUCGGACCCAAGCUCAGUAGGGACACACACAGAUUUUCCUUUUGCAACAAGAAACGCAACUGCCUCACACGUGGACAUGACAGCUAUGCUCAUCACCCCUAAAAGCACCACGGUCACAGCUUCCAUGCUUGCACCCACAGCACAUGUACCAAGGCAGAUAGAAACACCAGUAACUGACACCCAGAAGUUCCCAAGCUCAGAAAUCACCAAAACAUCAACCCCCUAUCCACUGACAAUUACAGCAGCUUUGACAUCUAUUACAGCGUCAGCGAAAACAACUAGGCUUCCCCCUACUCCCGUGGAAAACACCUCCGCUCCUCCCGACACCACGGCAGCAGCCGCUUUCGCUAACAUGACGGCAGCUCCGCCCCUGGAUUGCCGCCUCUCCAGGAACCUUAUGGUUAAAACAGUUCUGUUUCUGAACACCAGGAGGAUGCUGAUCAGCAAUUCCUUCAAGGAGAGCGUGAGAAAAGGACUCAACCAAGUGCUGAGACAAGCUUUCAACCAAAACGUCAGCGCUCAGGUCGAAGUCCUGGAGCAAUCAAGUAACUUAACAGUUGGUUACUACGUUACACGGGGGAGACUGGUUUUUAUGCCCACUGCUGUGAUUGAAAGGCUUCUUGCAUAUGGCAUUAGCAACGCCACAGCAGACAUAAAGCAGCACGUACCACAUCUCCAGUCCGUGGUAGCCCUGGCCUUGCCAUGGAAGCCCCUUCCUGCGUACCACUUCCAGCUGAAAACAGAGCUGCAGUUUGUGGGUCAAACAGACAAUAUACAGUCAUGCAAAUUUGUUCAGACCAUGGAGCAGCGGUUACAGAGAGCAUUUCAGGAUGCUGAAAGAAAGGUCUUAAACACCAGCAACAACUUAACAGUUCAGAUUUUGAACACCUCCAAUGUCUCCCAAGCUGUCACUCUGUUUUACGUAGUGAACAAUCAAAGCACAACUCUCAAUGGCACUAUUUCCAGCAACCUUCUUAAUCAGCUGUCAGCUGAGCUGGUGGGUUUCUAUCUAACCUACCCUCCCCUCACCAUUGCAGAAUCUUUGGAGUAUCCAAACCUUGAUGUCUCAGAGUCAACUAGAGACUACUGGGUGAUAACAGUUAUUCAAGGGGUCGAUAUUGCAUUACUGGGACUGAACAACCAGAGCUUUGCAAGGUUAAUGGAGCAGCGUCUGGCCCCGCUGUUUAUGAUGUCCCAUCAGCAAGGAAGGCGAUUCAAACGUGCCACUACUGUGGGCAGCUACACUGUGCAGAUGGUAAAAAUCCAACGUAUCCCAGGACCCAAGGAGCCAGCUGAACUGACAUACUAUACUUUAUACAACGGGAAACCUUUGCUGGGCACUGCAGCUGCCAAAAUUUUGAGUACUGUUGACUCCCAGCGGAUGGCCUUGACACUGGGUUAUGUUAUUCAAGUUCAAGCUGAUCCUGUGGUGAAGAACCCCCCCAACAACCUGUGGAUCAUUGCAGCGGUGCUGGCUCCCAUUGCUGUGGUUACAGUUAUCAUCAUCAUCAUCACAGCGGUGCUCUGCAGGAAGAACAAGAACGACUUCAAACCGGACACCAUGAUGAACCUGCCUCAGAGAGCUAAACCAGUACAAGGCUUUGACUAUGCCAAGCAACACUUAGGUCAGCAGGGAGCUGAAGAUGAGGUUUUACCUGUAACUCAGGAGACUGUUGUACUUCCACUUCCAGUUAGAGAUGCUCCUGCCUCCCAGGAGAGAGAAAUUACUCAGGAUGGGAGCACCAUCAAAACCGCCAAAUCCAAUGAAACGAGGAAAAGCCGGUCCCCGAGUCAGAAUGGCUCCAUCAUCAGCAACGGGUCGGGAAAGCCCAGCUCCAGCCGGAGCUCCCUCCAGAAAGUAAUGGCACCACAAAAAGUGACAAAAGAUGAAGGAAGGAAAAGAAACGUGCCCGUAAGCGAUGAAGAGGAAGGAGGCAUUCUCUUUGAUAAUAUUGCCAAAUCUGCCAUUGACCCCUUUGACACCUCUUCGGGAUCCGUACAGCUGAUAGCUAUCAAACCCGUGGCACUACCUGCUGUUCAUGCUGCAUCAGAUCGGAGCCAGGAAUCUGCCAUCGUUAAUGGAGAGGUAAACAAGGCUUUGAAGCAGAAGUCUGAUAUAGAGCACUACCGCAACAAGCUGCGCUUGAAAGCCAAGAGGAAGGGGUACUAUGAUUUCCCACAGGCUGAUAACAACAAGGGGCUGACAGAGAGAAAAAGGAUGUACGAAAAAAACCAGAAAGAACUUGACCACAUUUUGGAUCCAGAUGCAGAUAUCUCAUCUCCGUUUGCUGAGCCUAAGAACAGGCAGCCGCUGAAGAGCUCAGUAUACAGAAGCAGGCAGUCUUUGAACAGUCCUAGCCCAGGAGAAACUGAGAUGGAUCUUCUUGUGACUCGAGAAAGACCAAGACGUGGAAUCCGUAACAGUGGAUAUGAUACUGAGCCUGAAAUUAUAGAAGAAACAAAUGUUGACCGUGUCAACGAGCCUCGGAGUUACACCAGGUCCCGUCAGGCUAAAGGCCACUCGGAGACCUCAACUUUAAGUUCUCAGCCCUCCAUUGAUGAGGUUCGCCAGCAGAUGCAUAUGCUCUUGGAAGAGGCUUUCAGCCUGGCCUCUGCGGGCCACGGAGGACAGAGCAGGCAGGAGGCGUACAGCUCAGCACCGCACUUGCCCUACUCAGAGGUUGUGACCAGUGCUCCUGGUACCAUGACCCGACCUAGAGGGGGGGUACAGUGGGUACCCACUUACAGACCAGAAAUGUAUCAGUACAGUUUACCAAGACCAGCUUACAGAUUUUCUCAGCUUCCUGAGAUGGUAAUGGGUUCUCCUCCUCCUCCUGUCCCUCCCAGAACAGGUCCUGUGGCUGUUGCCUCUCUCAGGAGGUCUACAUCGGAUAUUGGCAGCAAAGUGAGAAUACCUGAGUCCAGUGGGGCAGAUCAGGUCCAGCAUCAUGAUCAGACAUCUUUUGCAGCAGGUUCGAGAGCUCCGAUGUCUGUUGGUCCACUUGAUCAAUCAGCUUUUCACUCAGGAAAUACCGUACCAGCAGUGUUUGCCAUACCAGCAGCAAACCGACCUGGCUUCACAGGCUAUUUUAUCCCAACACCACCCACAGCAUACAGGAACCAAGCCUGGAUGCCCUAUGCUGGAGAGAAUGAAUUGCCAGGGCAGUGGGCAGACUCAGUUCCGCUUCCUGGGUACAUCGAGGCUUAUCCAAGGCCCCGCUAUCAACACAACUCUCCUUCACGACUUCCUCGCCAGUACAGCCAGCAAGCCAGCAUGCAUCCCAGCCUGGAACAAGCUCCUUUGCCAUCCACUGCAGCUUCGCAGCAGAGCCUGACAGAAAAUGACCCAUCUGAUGCUCCUCUCACCAAUAUUUCUACAGCUGCCCUUGUAAAGGCAAUAAGAGAAGAAGUUGCUAAACUGGCCAAGAAGCAAACGGAUAUGUUUGAAUUCCAGGUCUAGUAUCUUUUGUGUGCAGUAUUUGUAUCGUGCAACCUGGGGUAGCCAAGAAAGUGACUCCUUUAAUUUUGAGUUACAAACUUGCUGUGAAUUGUGCCAAUACGAUGGCAUUUUUCUCUGUCUGAAAAGUCAAUAGUAUGAAGUGACUUAAAGUAGAGCAACAGGACUCUGAAGAUAUGUAAUUCUGCUUGCUGGCUACGGAAAUGCUGCCAGGUACCUGUUUCAUAUGGAUAAGACUGAUCAUAUGCAAUUGUUUGUCACUUAGCUCUUGUAUUAUGAUCGUCAUCACUAGAGAUGCUGCUGAAUGUGUCUGCACCAUGUUUCUUUGCAGGCUCAAAUGUAGAGCUGCUGAAAAUAAGUUCUGCAUGUCAAAAACUUGGAUUAAAGAAGAACAUACAGUAGAACAUGGUUAGCUAAAGGCCACAGUAGGGGUGGCGGUGACCAUGUUACUUGUUUGCUGCAGGACAUUGUAUAAGGGAUGCUGAUUUCAGCAAUGCAGAGCCAGUUCAGCCUUUUCAUUCUAGAGACUGUAUUCAAACCAAAAGAAUUUGAGAUGAGUAAGUAAUACAAAUAAAUGUCCUGUAAAUAGCCCCGAUUCUCCUCAUCCUAUUAACAGUACAAAGAAGUGAAAGAAGAGACGACUGUGAAGAAGGUGAAUGAUAUUUUGAUUAUUGGUGGCUACCUUGUCCCUCGAUGCUACUGAUGAGUUAUAGACAAGAUUUUUUUUCAGCGUGAGAGAAUACAAUGCCCGAAGAGCCAACAAAAGAUAUUGGUGCUAGAAGCUUUGAGGAGAAAUGAAAAAAGGUUAUUUGCGUUUGCUCUAUAUUCAGGCUUUUCACUCUGAAUGCAUGUGAAGCUGGUAAACCUGAGACCUUUGAGCAAGGCUUUCUGAACUGGAAUAAUGAAUACACCUGCUUGGACAAGAAAACCUCUGUUUAACACAGUGCUUUUUUCUCUUUCUUAAACAAUAUCUACUAAAGUGAUACCAGAAAGUGCUACCUGAAGCUGCAGUUGAUUUUGAUUACGCUGGAACAGUGAAUGCACACCUAGGAAGUUCGGAAUGUAGAGGGCCUAAUGAUUAUAUUAACAUGUAAAUAAGUAAACAGUUACAUGGAUUAACAAAAAUACUAAUGUUCUGUGAAAAAGAGAGCAUUUCCAGGAAUUAUGCUGACUUUACAUUGUGCAAGAUAAAGGUCACUAAUUGUUCAGCUGCAUUGUUGUAUGAAUCCAGUCCCAAAAGAAAAUCAAACCAGUUGAGUGGGACAGUAGUUUAUCUUUUGCAGUUGCAUAAACUAGUCAGAGGUCACGAACAAUUGUUUUCAGUUCUUUCAGCAGUUAGCUUCAGGAACUGAAUUUGUUGCAAAAUUUGUUGUGUUAGGCAUGUUUGAUGUCAACUGGAGUUAAAGGUAAUGUCCUUCAUUUCAGUAACUUAUUUAGUUAUCCUCAAUUGCUUAUGCUGUUUUGUCUAAUCACUUCAUUUCCCUGAGUUUCUUUGGUCUUUACUGAGGUGAGAAAGGGAACUUGGUUUAGCUUCUUGGCCAUUAGUAAAAUGAGAGGAGGAGAGAGAAGAGGAGACUAGAAUAGGGGAUAAAAGAAGAAAUUGAUGAAGCACAAACUCUUAAAGCAGAGUUAUUUUUUCCCCAAAUAAUUAUAUUACAAACCCUGGCUGAGAUUGUGAUACAUAGUUAUCCUAGAAUAUCCACAUACCUUCUGCUCCAAUACCUUAAAUAUUGCAGAAGCUUUUGGAAUGCUAGCUAAUCUUUCAAGAAAUGUGAAAUUUCAUUUUUAUUAUUUAAAAAUCAGAUAUAAAUAAAAUGUAUUUUUGUAAUUUCUAUGUAUAUAUGUGCUGUAUAUUUAUAUAAGUGACUGGUCUGCUAUAGUCAGAAAAUUUCCAUAAACCAAGUGGGGGAAAAAAAAAAAGAAAAAAAAACCUAGUAAUUUUAAUGAUCAAUAUGAACACGCUAUGUCUGGAGUACACAAAUAUACAUUUGGGUGACUUGGAUAUGAAACAACCAAAGAAACUCAAUCUUUAAUAUAAAUAUCAGUCUAGUAAAGACAGACUGCUGUCUCAGUUUCCUGUCAGCUAAAUAAUACGGAUCUUACCAGUGUAAUACAAUACAUCCAAAUUGUGUUGAAUUAAUAACUGCCUAAGAAUAUCACACUUUGAAAUAACAACUUAAAAAUACUGGGCCAAACUCAGUGUGCCAUAAAAAGACUAGUUCUGGUUGGCUUCAGUGGGAGCUUCACACACUGAGAGCAAGGCUGAGUUUCUCUGUAUAGGGUUUGUCUAUAGGUGCAAGUCUCACUUAGAAUCCCUUGGACAAUAUUCUGCUUAUUUUUCAGUCAUUUAAAUCACUGUAACAUAAAUGCAGACAUAAUUGAAGAGCAGCUUACUUCUAUUUAGCAUAAGCUAGUUCAUAACUGGCUUAAUCUAUCUUGGUAAGUGACAUCUACACUAAAUGGUCAGCCACACUUUGCAUCAGCUUUAUUACCUCAGUUUUUGAUUCUUCUUUUUAGCACAUUGAAAUUUUGCAAGUAGGUAGGCCCUUCUAUGCAAUGGGAGUGAAAUGUACUGUGAAAUCAAUUUCUGUAUCUUAGAUUGUGGUUUUGCAGAGUUAGCCCAAGGCUGCAAGUAUGGAAGCAGCAGCAAUCACAUGGAUGGGAGUGCUGAAGCCCUGUAGUGGGGAAGGGUGACAUUAUGACAUUCCCAGAGGAGUCACAAGAGGUAGGACAUACCGGAUUUAAACAGCAUCUUUGGGACAUUUCGCUCUGUUUGUAAAGCUGUAUCCUAUCUUAAAUUUAAACGAUUUAGCAGUUCUGACAAAAAAUGUGCGAGGGUCAAGUCUCAUGCCUUAUAUGAUGAAGCAUCUAUCUUGCCAAACUGGAAGUUAACAAGUUUGGCGAUUAUGUAGGUGUACAGGGUUUGAUGCCUAUGUGCAAACAAAAUGAAAAAAUACAAAACCCUCAAGUAUAAACAUCUAAAUAGCCGCCUAGAAAGAAAACCCAUUUCAGUAAAGUUAAACAAAGUACUCUUCACAAUACUGAGGAAGACCUGAUAGAUUUUCAACAUUAAUUUUGUUUGAUAUGGUUAUCAGUGAUGUGCAGUCUAUUGAAUAUUCCCUGAACCAUCACUCCAAAACCAUUGUGGUGCACUUUAUUCACAAAGACAUCUUACAUUCUUCAUUCAUAAUGGCUUUCUAUUCUGUUUGGAAUAUGUUUCUGUAUUUUUUUUUUAUUAUUUAUUUUUUUCAGUACAAAGUAAGGUUAAAUCAAGACAGUAAGGACAUUCCCAGGAAAGAAAAAUCAUGCUGUAAUAUUUAUACUCUCUGAGCACAAAGCAAUGAUAAAGUGAAAAUAUAGUGUACAAAUAAUUUGUAAUAUAAUAAACAUUUUGUAUGGCUGCAAUUACAAUAGAGUUUUUCAAUACUGAUUUCAAAGAGGAAGGUAUACCUGUUUAAAGUUAUAACUGCAUUAGAAUAUAUUCAUACCAUUUUUACUAAUAAAAAGUUAGUCAUUAAGGUUUUUGUACUAAAUGCCCCAAUUUUCUUUACAAUUAUAUUGAAUGUUUAGGUGGAAAUACGGUUGUCUGUGUACAAAAAUGUUGUUGUUCUGACCACUAUUUGUCUUCAGAUUUGUAAAUCAUCAGUAGAAACAUCUGCAAAUGAAAUGCACGUAAAAUUACUUCUCGGUAUGUGUGUAAUGACCACUUUCUGUAGGUAUACUAUGUGUGACAAUUAUUAACAUCAGUAGAACAGUAACUUUAACAGGAUAAGAGGGUACUCUGAUGGUCAUUUUUUGAGAAAAACAUAUUAUCUGGAUUUGAGAGAAGCUCUAGCACUCAAUCUAGAAAUAUGAAUAAUAUUUGUAUCUAGUAAUAUUAUGGGUAGAACUUGAUAGAAGUGCAUGUAAAUCCUGUAUAUAGACAUGAGGAAACUAUCAUAAGUAAUGAUCAUUUCUUUUUCAGACUAACUUUGAGAAGGUGAGACAUGUAAGAAAUGUAAGAUAAUGUAAGAUAGAAAAAACAACAUUGGAUUGAGUGGCAGAACUGUCUCGUUUAAAGGAUAUACAUACAAAGCUAACUACAGUGUUUGUUAUAUUUCAAGAUGCCUGACUGUUAAAGAAUUAAUUACAUUUUAAUGUACUUUUUUUAGACCUGCAUUGCACAAGAGCUAGCUGUCAGCUUCUAAAAGUCUGAGGGAGCUUGAAAGCAGCAAGUUUUCUGAGCUAGCAGAAGUCACUUCAUUUUGCUGACCUUGUUCAACCUGUACACGACUGAGAGGCUCCGAGUACUGUGUCCAAGGAUGCUGUAAAUCAGUUACAGUCCUGACUUUGCAUUUCUUGUGCAUAAACAAAUCUCAGUGGCUUCCCAUAUCUCACUGACAUGAAGGUCAUGGUAGUAGGAAGUAGGAAGAGAACAAGUGUGAGAUAAUAUGAAGGAUAUUAACAGGUCUGGAGUACGUUAAUGGUCUGGAAGCCAUAGAUCUGCUGUUGCACAUUGACUCAGACCUACUAGAAAAUGGUUGUGUUGGACAGCUGUUCUGAGCAAGGAGUGCUCCUUUCCUUGUCAGUGCCUGGUAUGUAUAAAUUAAGACUCAGUCCUAUCACAAGAGAGUGUGUUAAUUCAUGCUUCCACUCCUUUGUGUAAGCCAUGUGCAUGCUCUGUGCAGCUCCACGUGAGAGUGGCAUAAUUAACAUGAGUGGUUUCCAGUUACUCAAAGUAAUCUCUUGUAAUAAAACACCAAGUUGUAUGGCAUAUUAUAUAUAUUUUACUACAUCAUGGCGGGGGCUGUGGGGGGGGCGGCGCAGGACACCCAUGAUCAUAUAGUAUGCUAGUAUAUUAAUAGCGUUAGCUUUUUUUUUUUUUUUUGAAGGCUUUCUGAAAAGGGGAAAGUUUGGUUUGCUAAGAUCAGGACUGCUCACUAACCGGAGCGAGUGCAGGGCAGCAUCCCCUCCUGCUCAGUGUGCUGUUGUGGCUGACGGAGCAGAUCUCUCUUCUGGUCACUUACUGCCCCCCUAUAACAGGGUACAGGCACACAGCUGUUUUGAGUAAGACAGAUGUAAUUUUGAAAAUAAGUAUGUGGGGUAAAUAACAUCUAGCUAGUUCUCUGUGAUCGCUUCAGAUGGUCUGCUAAGCAAAUUUACAAAGCAGCGUGUGUUCAAAGAGAAAUGGAUUAGCUUGGGGUUGUUUACUAUAAUGCUAUUUAGCUAUAGCACUGUAGAUUGUCACAGUGCUAUAUGGAAUGAGUGUGCCCAGUGGUAGCUGACACUUCCUGUGCUAGACAUCCUUUUCAUCAGUUAAUAUUUUGACCAUAACCCAGGACUGAGUAAGAUAUUUAGGUUUUGUUUUGCUUAUCAAAAUACUUUAAAGUUAAAUUUUUCUGUUUUAAAGGGUAGGCAUGCAAAUUGAGCAUAAGUACUCAUUCACAAUGGUGGGUUUUUUUAACUUGCCUUUUUCUCAUAAAUAAAUAAUGCAAAACUUAACUUGUUGAAAUGAGAUUUAUAUGGGUCAGUAAAUGAAUUGCAUACUGACUUGCUCAUUAGAAGAAAGUUUCAAGAUGGCCAAGUCAUUAAGGUAAACGUGGUUAACACCGCAGAAUCUGUUGAGAAUAACAGCUUUGCACAUCCUUGAUGAAAAAUGUUUUGCCAUGCCCAGUGAGAAAACUGAGCAUCUGGUGAUUCCUGUUAUUUGGGGGAAAUUUUUGCUUUGGCUGUGCGCAAGACAUGGGAGAUGAGACAGGGAUUUCGAUGGGGCUCUGAGUGGAUAGACUACCCUAUGUUACACAUUUGCUGUUUGGGUGGCCCUUAAUACCAACAGAUGUAAAAACCACAGACACCAAAGUGGUGUGGCAGAAAGGUGGUUUAGGUCCUGAUUUUUAACACUGUUGUGACACCCCAAAAUCGUACAAUAUUUCAUGAUUUUAAAAUCACCUUAAGACCAUAUUCCUAUUGAAAAUCCCUUAGGAUUCCUUAAGUAUGGAAUUAUACUAAUCUCUAUCUCUCUCCAAAAUAUUUUUUGAAAACUAGUUCUUCAUCUGUUUGUCCCCAUCCAUUUCAGGUUUCUUAAAGUGUAUAGAGGCAAUAAUGAAGAGUUAGUUCCCACAGUUUUUUCUGUUAUGAAGCUCAUUAAAAAUGAGAAAUGGGUUUUAAAUAGUUAGGUGGCCAAAUGUAUAGCAGAUGGAUCAUGUAACUACCGUGAAGAGGUGUUUCAGGAAUUUGAUUUUUUUCCAUUUGUUAAAAAUAAUUCUUGUUUUAAGAAGUGCCUGACUUUUCAAGAAUUUCCAUGCUCAAUUCAUUCCCAAGGAGUAGCUUGAAACUAUAUUACAUUCUGUAAAUAAUUUUGUAACUUUAUAAAUACGCAUUUACAUACUAGGCAAUAAUGGGUCCAAAGGAUUGUAAAUCAUACAGAAAGUUGAUUCCACUGCGUACAAUAUUUAGAGAGGAGGUGAAUCUUCCUUCCAAAGUAUGUCCCUCUUCACUGCAGCUCAAUGCAUUUCUAUGCUUUGUAAACCAGUGUCUAAACACCAUAGCACACACUGGCAUAAAUUGAAGUCUUGUAUAUCUGGCAAGGAGCACUGACUUUUGCAGCCUCCAGUGGGACCCUAUAAAGAGUGCCUGUGUAUAUGAUUAAGUUUUUAAACUAUUAAACCAGAAAUUUGUGGGUCCUUAACUCUGGCUUUUUGCAAGGAAUCAGUGGCUUUUAGGUCCUGCAUCACCAGCAAACUUAACCAAUAGAUACCUUGAGAUGUGAUGCAGCAGGGUACAGCAGCCUAUGUCAGGGAUUCACCGGGAUCUAAAAAGCGAGUGACUGUACUAGAAUAGGUGGUAAAGCUAUUUCAGCAGUGGAUGGACACUAAGUAAUUAUGAACUGAUUACUAUGGCAGGUCAGAAAGUCUUGAAGUUAACUGCUUGGAAUCGAUUUUAUGUAUUUGAUUAGCUUUUGAUUUCUUCAUUUGUUAAACCAGUGCAAAAAUAGCAACAGUGUAUUCUGUUUCAGAGUUAUAAACAUGAGAGAUCUGAAUGUAAGUAAACUUGAGGUUUAUUCUUUGUCCUUGCCUUUAUCUACUAUUUUCCACAGUGCAAGUAGGAGAAAAAACCCCAAACCCAAUACUUUACUCCCCACCAAAUUUAUUUUAAUAUUGCUUUCUGUGACAGAGAGAUGGGGAAGGCUUUUUUCAUUUCAUGUUGCUGUUGGGUUCUUCAAACUGCAUUCAAAGUCAUAUCUGAUAGAAAAAAUGACAGCGAAGCCAAAAUUUUUGGAAAAAUAGAUAGAACCCAUCUUACUGAGGCUUGGAUUUUGGUUUAGCAUUUAGCAACCCAGCAGAAACGGGCCAGACACAGCAAAGGGUCUGUUCUGCGCAGUUCUUUGGGUCUUGUUAAAAACUACAUGUGUACAGCACAGAUAUUCCUAUGUUCUUUGACUUUUUAUUUUCAUUUCUUGCCAUUGCUUUGCAUUCUGAAUUUGACUUUUAUGUUGUUGUACACAAAGAGGUACACUCUUUAGCUUGCUGAUACACUGCUAGUGUGAUAGAAGCAGUAACCAACAUAUGUGAUACAAUUUUUAAUUAGCUAUGGCACUGCACGGCUUUGGCCCAUGUUCUGCUUUGUGAUCCUUAUGUCAUAGUAGUAUUAAGGCAAAAAAUGAAUACAGAGAACGUCUUCCACUGAAGUUAUUGGCAAAACACCUGCUCACUUCAAGGAGAGCAGGACUGAUCUGGUAUUCUCUCAGUGAAUUAGCCACCACAAGUAUCUUAAAACUGCAAAGAGAGGAAGGAUGCUAUCUGGUUAUGGGUAGCUAGAAAUUGGGAGAUCGUGACCCUUCUUCAGAAUUUCAGAUUGGUCCUGGGCAAGGCACUUAAUCUGACUAUGCCUCAGUGUCCCCAUCUGUAAAGCAGGGUGAAGGGACUGCCUCUCCUCACGCCCCUGGUGAAAGGCUGAACUAACUGAUAAUGUUAGAAACACUGAAACUCUGGAGUGCAAGUGGAUACUUUAGUAUGAAGCACUAUUUAUUAUUUCACGGAGCUUGGUAAUUGUUCAAGACUACAAACUACCUGUUCCUCUGGUAGCAUUUAAAUAUGUGUAAAUUUACAAGGAAAAAACCCCAUCUCCUGAUACUAUUUCAGUAUGUUCUAGGAAGCCCUUCCAAGAACAGCUUCUACCAUUUUUACAGAGAUGUAAUAUCAAUAAAUUGUCUCACUUCCCAUGCAACAGACCUCACUUUCUGACAAUGAACUUUUCUUCUUUGAAUUAUGGAAAGGUCUAGCUCUGCAUGAUUACAAAUAUCCAUGUUAUCUUUGUUGUUCACAGCUUGAUUCAACUAAACUGUAAUGGCUGUGUCUGUGAAAAUUGCUCAAAAUCUGUAAGUGUUUCAGCUAUAAAUGGGAAAAUUGGUUUUCUGAAGUGAGUUUGAGCUGCAAAAUUGAGAGUGAUUUGUAAAGCCAAGUCUAGGGAUUAAAUUGAAAGAGGAUUAAAAUAAUUAAUUAAAAUUUUAUACUAUGCAAUCAGAAAGGAAAUCUCCAAGAAUUGGUUCCUUUGGCAAUUUCAAAUGUAAACCCAUACCAAUGGUAGAAUUUUACAUAUCACUGAAAAGGAGGCAUUUAAAAUGUUCUGGGUCAUUACCAAAUGGCUGUUUUUACUCUGAACUGUAGGGUGGUUCUAGAAAUGAAACUUACAAGUACAUAGAAUAGUUUCUUUCAUGUUAGUGGCUAUAGCUUAGUUGAAGUUGUACAUGUUUUUUCUUGGCAAUUUUGCA